AUGACUAAGUACAAGGCUGGAGAGGAUAUAGUGGCUGAGAUCGAAGUCAGCUGUGAUGACGGGGAGGAACCAGGAGAACGUCACCAUUGUCAGAAACCCUUCAUCUGCUCACAGUGUGGUAGAAGGUUUACCAGGAAUGGAUACCAGCAGACACACCUGAGGACCCACACAGGAGAGAAACAGUUCAGAUACUCAAUGUGUGGGAAAGGCUUCACGAGGAACAGUCAUGUGGAGCAGCACAAGGCCGUCCACAAGGAGGAGGAACAUCUGAGCAGGGUUUGGAACAGAACCAUGGGCUGGACCUCGGCCGGUGUCUCUUCAUCCUUUCAGCUUCAUCCCACCUCCUCAGCUGACAAACCCACCAUCCACCCUGAGUUCUGCUUCAGUGGACCUCUGAAGAACAAGGGCGGAGCUAAAGCAGAUCAGAAUCCUCUACGAGUUCAGGCAGACGUGACCGGUCACAAUGCAAACAUCCCCAAGAAAAGAACCAAAAAAGUCAAAAUGGACUUGACUGGAGAAGAUGUGAGAAGUAGAAGAAAAGAACUCCACUGCUCUGAAUGUGAGAAGAUGUUUGCCUUCCAGUCCUGUUUGAAGAGACACAUGAGAAGCCAUGCAGGAUAG